AUUCCUGCGUUCUGACGAGUCUAUUCUACUCAUGAAGUAAACGAGUCAUUGCAUGCACCAGUCUGUCGAAGAAGUCUCAAUGCGUUAAAAGAGGACUGUGACUGUCUGUUGUAUUCUCAAAUUAAAAAUGACAACAAGACUUUUGCUUACGAAUGUGAAUGGUAACACAAGACCUGUAGACGGUGACAAUAUGGAGCAUUUCAAGAGGAAAGCUAAAUCUACUGAGCAAGCUAUUUCCAGGCUUACUCUUGGUGAAAUAGGCAAUAGAGUGUCAGCAAUAACAAUUGACACAUCCAAAGGAGGAGCUAUUAAAAAAGAAAUUUUACAACCUGCUGAUGGCAUCCUAACUCGUGCCAGAAGUGCCAAACUUGCAUUGCCCUCAUCUAUGGUAACAGUCAAACAAGAUGGUGGCCACCAGCAUGAUACCAAAGUCUAUUCAAAAGCCACAAAAGCUGAAACAGAUUUGGCUCCUGUAAAAGUUGAAUGGAUGCCUGAUCACAAUCACUUGCCAAAUGUUCCUCGAGUGGCUGAUGUUGACAUUGGCCUCUUUGAUGUCAUGUCUCACAAUUCAGCACCUAUGGAUGUUAGUGAUGAUGGUACAGAUGCAUUUUCUAAAGCAAUGUUUAAUGAGCAAAUUGAAGACAUUGAUGCAGAGGAUAGUGAGAAUCCACAGCUUGUCAGCUUAUAUGUAAACAAUAUCUACACAUACAUGAGACAGUUGGAGAAAAAAUACAGUAUUAAACCAAAUAUGUUGGAUGGUACAGAUAUUACUGGGAAAAUGAGGGCGAUUCUUGUAGAUUGGCUAUGUCAGGUGCACAACAGAUUUCACUUACUUCAGGAGACACUUUAUCUAACAGUGGCUAUUAUAGACAGAUAUUUACAGGUCAAACCUUGUACAAGAAACAGGUUGCAGCUUGUAGGCGUAACAGCGAUGCUAGUUGCUAGUAAAUAUGAAGAAAUGUAUGCACCUGAAGUUGCUGACUUUGUAUAUAUUACUGAUAAUGCUUAUUCUAAACAAGAUGUCAGAGAUAUGGAACAGGAUAUCCUCAGAACUUUGGAUUUUAGUUUUGGGCGCCCACUUUGUCUUCAUUUUCUUCGGAGAAAUUCUAAAGCUGGUCAGGUUGAUGCAUCAAAGCAUACCCUUGCAAAGUAUUUGUUGGAAUUGGCCAUGAUAGAGUAUGACAUGGUACACAUUAGACCUUCCCACUUGGCAGCAGCUGCUUUGUACUUGGCAAUGGUUGUGCUCGAUGGUUCUAAAUGGACGCAUACACUGCAUUACUACAGUUCCUAUUCUGAAAAUGAUCUUCAUCCACUUGCUAAGAAAUUAGCACAGCUAGUAGUGAAAGCAGAGACAAACAAAUUAACAGCUGUUAAAACCAAGUACUCAAGUUCCAAAUUUAUGAAAAUUGCUGUCAUCCCCCAACUGAAGUCAAAGACAAUACUCGAACUUGCUUCAUCCGAUGCUUCAUAGCCACCUUUAAAUGUUGUUGGUAGGGUUGUAUAAAUUCAUGACAAGUGCACAUUGCAACAGAUUUUAAAUUUAUAUAAAAUGUGUACAUAUGGUCACUCAAAUUAUUAUAAGAAAAAUAUACUCCAUUAAAUUUUAAAUACAAUUAUUUUAUACAUUUUAGUUAAAUUUGCCAUUUUUAUAUUUCCUUUAAAGUUGGCGGAUAAUUUUAAGUCAAAUGUACUAUAAAUAUUAUAAAAUGUAAAGGUCAUAGACUUGGAUUUAAGAAAAUAGAUUCUUCUACAUGCAUUAUAUUGGUGAAUUAUUUAAGACUUAGAUUUACUUUAUAGGCUAAUUAUAGAAAUGUUACAUUUUUUUUAAGUUAACUAUACUUUUAUAGGUUAUGUACCCAGUAUAUAUUAAGUGAAGUUUAUUUCACUUAGAUGAAUGAAAGUUUUGAAUCUGCUGUAAAUAUGUAAAAUUGAAGAAACAUGUUAUUGUAAACUACAAGAAAUGUUGCAUUUGGUACCUAAUUUAUUGAGUUUUUAUUGCAGAUUUAAAAUUGUGAUAGGCUUGUUGUUGUAGGUUGUUUCCCUUCAGGCUUCAAUUGUAAAAAUGUGAGCAUGCUGUAGAUAGACCCUUGAGGCUUGUCUUGGAACCAGUUCUUUCUCCACAAAGUUAGGGUUCCUUUAAAGUUCACUGUCCUCAAAGUGUGAGACUUAUGAUCAAGUUUGUCAGCAAUGAUGGAUGCAUGGUUAUUUUAAAGCUUUUAUUCAGUAAAUGCAAUAAAGUUUUGUCUUUUGAA